CUCCGCGGGAGCCGGGCGCCAAACUCGAAGCCUAAGAUGGCGGCGGAGAGUCUGUUCAACCGGCCGGUGUGCGUGCAACUGAGGUGCCAUGGCUGCGAGGAGAGGAGGUUAAAUGUUCGAGUGAAUAUUGAGCUACUGUCAAUUUCUAAUCCCGUUCAUAAAAAGGAUUUAGCUGUUCGAUUGACUGAUGAUACUGAUCCUUUUUUCCUUUAUAACCUUGUCAUAUCUGAGGAAGAUUUUCAAAGUUUAAAAUCCCAGCAAGGUCUUUUGGUAGACUUCUCUGCUUUCCCACAAAAAUUUAUAGAUCUGCUUCAACAAUGCAUCCAGGAACAGAACAAAGAUAUCCCAAGGUUUUUGCUGCAGUUAGUUUCUUCAGCAUCUCUUCUAGAUCACACACCUGUCUCUUUAAAUGUAGUGGAGACCAACCCUUUCAAACAUCUCACCCAUCUCUCUCUGAAAUUCCUACCUGGAAACGAUGCAGAAAUAAAGAAGUUUUUAGCCAGCUGUUUGAAAUCCCUUAAGGAAGACAAAAUGAUGUUGGAAGAAAAGCUUAGAAAAACUGAAGAGGAUCUUACCAGACAACUGAGCUACACUCAACAGAGCUUGUCAGAGAAGAGCCGAGAACUAGACAAACUGAAAAAUGAAUGGGCAUCGCACACUGCAGCUCUGACCAACAAACACACCCAGGAGCUGACACUUGAAAAGGAAAAAACUCUCCAGGCACAAGCUCAGUACCAACAGCAGCAUGAACAACAGAAGAAGGAAUUAGAAAAUUUGCAUCAGAAAAGUAUUCAACAGUUGCAGAACAGACUCUCAGAACUCGAUGUCAUCAAUAAAGAUCUAACAGAAAGGAGAUACAAAGGAGACUCCACAGUCAGAGAACUGAAAGCAAAGCUUUCUGGAAUAGAAGAUGAAUGUCAAAGAGCGAAGCAGGAGGUGCUGUUGCUGCGUCGGGAGAACACUACUCUGGAUGCUGAAUGUCAUGAAAAAGAGAAACUCAUUAAUCAGCUGCAGACACGAGUUGCUGUUCUGGAGCAAGAAAUCAAAGAUAAAGAUCAGCUGGUGGUUAGAACAAAAGAAGUAUUAGAUGCAACACAAGAACAAAAGGUGAUACUGGAAGAAAGUACAGAGAAAAAACAAAGUCAUAUUGAAAAACUGGAGACAACAAUUAAGUCGCUGUCUGCUGAACUUCUUAAGGCUAAUGAAAUUAUCAAGAAGUUACAAGGAGAUUUGAAAACUCUAAUGAGUAAAUUAAAAUUGAAAAAUACAGUGACAAUUCAACAGGAAAAACUAUUGGCAGAAAAAGAAGAGAGACUUCAAAAAGAGCAGAGAGAUUUGCAGGAGAUAGGACAGUCUCUUCGAGUGAAAGAGCAGGAGGUCAGCAAGCUCCAAGAACAGCUAGAAACUACAAUACAAAAACUAGAAGAAAGUAAGCAGUUACUGAAGACCAAUGAAAAUGUAAUCACGUGGUUGAACAAACAGCUGAAUGAAGUUCAGGUGGGCAAGAAGCUGGAGCCUUCUGCCACUCCCCACGGGGGCGUGAGGGCCGCCAUUCUGCCUCAUGGCAUGCCUGACCGACCAUCCUUCCCCAGCUCAGGAAUCAAUCACCCCAUUUCUCCUCUCUACGCUUUCAACAACUUCCCAGAACCAGCACACAACAAAAAUGUCAGUUCACAGUGUCCAGUACCAAAGAUCCAGUUCAACACGCAGCUUUCUAAAGUGAAUCGCUGCUCGGAUGGUCAGGCAGUGACCCCAGCCACUCAUCCAGCAAAUAAGGAGAAUGGUGAUAAUUUGGGGCUGGAUUCAAAGUAUUUCAAGAAAAAAGACGACAGCAUUCCUUUACGAGGGCUUAGUCAGAACACAGUAAAUUCAGAGUAUCUGAAACCGUACUUGCCCACCAAAGCCCCACCGGCACCGAGAGCUGCGCUCACACCAGCCUCCGCUUAUUUUCCUGGAUAGCACAGGGGCUCUUACAGUAAGAGUCCUCUUUUAACCAUUGGGGCCACCAUUUGACUCUCCUGUAAUAACCUGUUAGUAAAGUAUCAACAUGAACUGACAUAAUUUUGUAAGUCUGAAUCUGUUUUCUUUGAGAAAGAUGCCUUGACUGACUUGGAUGACUUUUCAGUGCUGUUCUUGCUUCUCUCAGAGAAAGGACGCUGCAAACAGGCAGUGCUGGAGAGCAGGGUGAAGCUGGCCCUGCCAGUAGUGGCCAGCACGACUGCCUCAUCCGCCCUGUUUUAAUUUUUAAAAAUUGCUUAGUUUUGGAACCAACUUAUUGCAUAUAGAUUUACAAAUGUAUUUGAUAUUAAGGAUGCUAAAUUAUUUUGUAGAAGGUAUAAAAUUAUAAUUUAAAAUUAUCGCUCUUGGUUACCCUAAGUCUUCUAUGAAUCUGCCAGUAUUACAUUCCAGAGGCCACCAUGCACAGCAAAACAUCAGGUGAAGUACCUGACCAGGUAACCAUUGAAAGUAUCACAUCAGGUAAAAGCUACUUAAUUGUUACUAAUCCUACUUUACCUGGGUAGGACUGCGGGGACUCUGAGGCGGGAGUUUAGGGGGCUGAGGAAUCUUGUUCUGCUGCCUGGGCUCAGACACUGCAAUCACGUAACAACUUCACUCAGUGCCCUCUUCUAUUUGGGGUCCCAGUAAAGAACUGGAGUACAAAUAUUUGUAACAUAGAAAAUACACUUUUUUUAACAAGUAUUUGCAUACUUUUGUUGUUAAUGAUAUUUCAUACCUUUUACCUUAGUUAUUUAAGUGCAUCCAGAGGAUCGUAUAUUUAAGUGGUUUGUUUUGCAGUGCAAAAUGUGUAUAUUUGUUUAUAAAUCAGCACCGUGUCAAUGUAUAUUCGCUUGUUUUGGCACAUGUAAUUUUCACUGGAAAUAUUAAAUGGUUUUUAUCAAAAACUCUGCUUAGUAAUGGCGUAAGAGCUCUCCACCACCCUCGCCCCUGCGCUGCACUCCCAGGACUGGCCCAUUCCCCUUACCUUCUUCUGGAGCUUUCUUCCCAGCGUUCAUUCCCCCUCGGAAGGCCGUGCUACCGGACCAGCGCGUCGAUGGCAGCCACCCCCAGCUAAGGCUUUGAAUCGUCUGACCCAAGACUUUACACCGCUGAAAUGACUGGGUGCAGGGGCUGCCCGUCCCUCUCACUGGGACGCCGCGUGACUAGAGUUAAAGCUCACCACCUUAAGGAAACAGGACACAUGCUCAUGCCGGGACGUCAUUCUGGUUUGUCUCCCAGCUAGAAUGUAAAGUUAAGUAGUAACAGUAUUUCAUGGCAAGAGACAAGUAUGUAACAGUUUGUUUUCAAAAAGCAAAUUAGUCACUCAAUGGCAACAUCUUUGGAGAAACAUCCUUUUUGUCUGUUUCAAUUCUUACAAACUUCAUGCAGAAAGAUACUUCUUAAGAUUACCUUAAGAAACUACAUUUUUGAUGGAACUGGAAUGUGUAUCCCAAACUGCUGAUGAAAAAAAAAAAAGUCUAAAGGAUCUUCCUGGA